CGCCGGGCUCCUGCUCUUUGUUAUUCUGCGGGAGUGGGCUCGCCCAGGGGCCCCUGUAUGUGUGCGUGCGCGCGCGGAGGGGCGCAGCGAUUAUCUCGGGGAGCCCCGCGCCCGCCGCGCCCGGGACCGCCCGGGACACUUCUCCCGGUACUUCGCUGUCGGGGCUCGGCUGUGCCUUCGCCACGGGUGAAUCUCCGAGCGCUCGGCCCCGCUCGACUUCCCUCUCUGCCGCUCCGGAGACCUUUGUGUGGCAAUUACCACUCCCUCCCGGCCCCUCCACCUCCCGGAAUUUCAUCAAUAACUCUCUGUGCACGGCACUAGAAAAACACCCCAAUUCACCAAUGACAGCGAAGCAGAUAUUGGAAGUCAUUCAGAAAGAAGGGUUAAAAGAAACAAGAAAUGGAACUUCUCCAUUAGCCUGUCUGAAUGCAAUGCUUCACACUAACACUCGAAUAGGGGAUGGAACAUUCUUCAAAAUCCCUGGAAAGUCAGGCCUUUAUGCUCUCAAAAAAGAGGAGUCGUCAUGCCCAGCUGACGGAACAUUGGAUUUAGGCUGUGAGUCUGAACUGGAUGGCGCGGAAAUGGCGGAGGCCAAUGCCAGCGGAGAAGGAGAUGGAGUUUGUGCGAAGCAGGUAAACGAUGAAGCAUCUUCCACUCGAGAUUCAAGCCUCACGAACACAGCGGUGCAAAGCAAGUUAGCGUCUUCCUUUCAGCAACACACCAAAAAGGCUCUGAAACAGGCUUUGAGGCAACAGCAGAAGAGAAGAAAUGGAGUCUCAAUGAUGGUAAACAAGACUGUUCCUCGUGUUGUUUUGACACCAUUAAAGGUGUCUGAUGAGCAGUCGGAUUCGCCUUCAGGAUCCGAAUCUAAAAAUGGUGAAGCAGACAGUUCAGAUAAAGAAAUGAAACAUGGGCAGAAAUCUCCCACUGGAAAACAAACAAGUCAGCACUUAAAACGAUUAAAAAAGUCUGGUUUGGGACACUUGAAAUGGACCAAAGCUGAGGACAUUGACAUAGAAACCCCAGGAUCUAUUCUUGUCAACACUAACUUGAGGGCAUUAAUAAAUAAACAUACGUUUGCUUCCUUACCUCAGCAUUUUCAACAAUACCUCCUGCUUUUGCUCCCAGAAGUGGAUAGGCAGAUGGGAAGCGAUGGAAUUUUACGCCUCAGUUCUUCAGCACUAAAUAAUGAAUUUUUUGCAUAUGCAGCUCAAGGAUGGAAACAGCGACUGGCAGAAGGAGAGUUUACUCCAGAAAUGCAGUUGCGGAUAAGGCAAGAAAUUGAGAAGGAAAAGAAAACAGAACCUUGGAAAGAAAAAUUCUUUGAAAGGUUUUAUGGAGAAAAGUUGGGCAUGUCAAGAGAGGAAUCAAUAAAGCUCACUUCUGGACCAAACAGUGAUGGAGCUGAAAGUAGUUCAUGUGGAGCCUCUGGCCUUCCAGGUCUUUCUGCACAGACUCCCUUGGAAGAGCAACAGCCAAAAAGCAUGAAAAGUCCAACUUCUCCAGAGCCUGGUUUCUGUGCUACACUUUGUCCUAUGGUAGAUGUAGGUAAAGAUGGAAUGGCAGAAUCAGACUCAGAAGAUAUCUUGAUCCCUGAAGAAUCCGUGAUUCAGGAGGAAAUUGCAGAAGAGGUAGAGACUAGUAUCUGUGAAUGUCAGGAUGAAAAUCAUAAGACAAUACCUGAAUUUUCUGAAGGGUCUGAAAGUCCAGCCAACUCUCAUGAAGAGCCUCACAUAGCACCUCCUGAAGAUAACCCAGAGUCCUGUGUUAUGAUGAAUGAUGUUUUAGAAACUUUGCCUCAUCUUGAAGUGAAGGUGGAAGAGAAGUCCGAAUCUCCCCAGGAAGAAAUGUCGGUUGUUAUCGAUCAGCUAGAAGUCUGUGACUCUCUCGUUCCUUCCACUUCCUCUGUGACUCAUGUCAGUGACACGGAACAUAAGGAGCCAGAAACUGCAGUAGAGACCAGUCCUCCAAAAAUAAAAACAGGAUCCUCUUCUUUAGAAGACCAGUUUCCCAGUGAAGGGAUUGCUGUAGAUAUGGAGCUACAGAGUGAUCCUGAUGAACAGCUUUCUGAAAAUGCUUGUAUCUCAGAAACUUCAUUCUCUUCCGAGAGCCCGGAGGGAGCCUGUACCAGCCUGACAUCCCCAGGAGGGGAAACUCAGUCCACCUCAGAGGAAUCAUGUACUCCAGCCUCCCUUGAGACAACAUUUUGUUCUGAGGUGUCCAGCACUGAAAAUGCAGACAAAUAUAACCAGAGAAAUCCCCCUGAUGAAAACCUUCAUGUGUCUUUGAUGUCAGAAAUAUCUCCAAUAUCCACUUCACCUGAAAUAUCAGAGGCAUCUCUGAUGUCCAAUUUACCUUUAACCUCUGAAGCAUCCCCUGUAUCAAAUUUACCUUUAACAUCAGAAACAUCACCCAUGUCUGAUCUACCUUUGACAUCAGAAACGUCUUCAGUGUCUUCCAUGCUUCUCACAUCUGAGACCACUUUUAUAUCCAGUUUGCCACUUCCUUCAGAAACAUCUCCAAUUUCUAAUUCUUCCAUGAAUGAGAGAAUGGUGCAUCAGCAAAGAAAGUCCCCUUCCCUAUCUGAAGAACCACUCUCCCCACAGAAAGAUGAAGGCUCUGCCCCUGCCAAGCCACUGGGGGAAAGCCUUCUCUCUCAACAGAAGAUUCUGUCAAAUACUCCUGAACCCAUCAAAAUGGGUUCCUCCAUUGUUCCUGAAGCAUUUCCGUCGGAGGACUUGCACAGUAAGACUCUGAAUCAGCAGCCUUGUAAAUCACGUGUUGAAACUGAGAAGGCCUAUCCUGCUUCAAUUCCAGAACUCCCUUCUAUAGAAAUGAUAAAAGUGAAAAAUCAUAAUGUCCUGCAAAGAACAGAAAAGAAAGGGGCGUCUUCACCAUUGGAGUUACCUGUGUUUUCUGAGGAGACCGAGAAUAAGGGAAAUGAGCUUCCAUCAGCUAAAUUACAGGACAAGCAGUGUGUCUCAUCAGUGGAUAAGGCUUCAUUUUCAGAAGGCUCUAGAAACAAAACACACAAGCAAGGGAGCUCACAGAAUCGGUUGGAGACCUCACAUUCUUCCAAGUUGUCAGAGCCCUCCAAGUCACCAGAUGGGAUAAGAAAUGAAAGUAGAGAAUCUGAGAUAUCGAAGAGGAAAACUGCAGAGCAGCACGGCUUUGGAAUUUGUAAGGAGAAGAGGGCUCGGAUAGAAGAUGAUCAGUCAACCCGGAACUUACCAUCCAGCAGCCCACCUGAGAAGGAACAGCCUCCAAGAGAGGAGCCCAGAGUUCCACCUCUCAAGAUCCAGCUUUCCAAAAUUGGGCCACCUUUCAUUAUCAAGAGCCAGCCAGUCUCCAAACCAGAGUCUCGCGCAUCCCCCAGCACAUCGGUCGGCGGUGGGAGGAACACAGGAGCCAGGACCCUUGCAGACAUCAAGGCCAGGGCCCAGCAAGCGAGGGCCCAGCGAGAGGCAGCCGCGGCAGCUGCUGUAGCGGCCGCGGCAAGCAUCGUUUCGGGAGCCAUGGGGAGCCCAGGAGAGGGUGGGAAGGCGAGAACCCUGGCACAUAUCAAAGAGCAGACAAAGGCGAAGCUGUUUGCAAAGCAUCAAGCCCGAGCCCACCUCUUCCAGAACACUAAAGAGUCCCGGUUGCCUCCGCUCGGCUCAAAGGAAGGGCCUCCAAGCUUAGAAGUCUCUUCUACCCCUGAAACAAAAAUUGAAGGGUCGACCGGUGUGAUUAUUGUCAAUCCAAACUGCAGAUCUCCUAGCAACAAGUCUGCGCACCUCCGGGAGACCACCACUGUAUUACAGCCAUCUCUUAACCCAGCUAAACUUCCAGAAACUGCCACGGACUUAUCUGCACAUAGUUCUGACGAAAAUAUACCCGUGUCGCAUUUAUCUGAGAAAAUUGUUUCAUCUACCUCUUCUGAAAAUAGCAGUGUGCCCAUGCUUUUUAAUAAAAAUUCCGUCCCUGUGUCUGUUUGCAGCACUGCUAUGUCGGGAGCAAUUAAAGAACAUCCCUUUGUGAGUUCUGUUGAUAAAUCCUCUGUUCUAAUGUCUGUUGACAGUGCAAAUACCACAAUUUCUGCUUGUAAUAUAAGCAUGUUGAAAACCAUCCAGGGAACGGACACUCCGUGCAUAGCCAUUAUACCAAAAUGUAUCGAAAGCACUCCUGUCCCCGUCCCAGCCGAGGGCCGCGGUGUCUCGAGCCCCAUGGACGACAAGCAGUUGCCACUGCCCAGCAGCAGCGCUGGUAACCUCGUCUCCAGUCAGUACACCUCCGUGCCAACUCCCUCCAUUGGAAAUAACUUGCCAAACCAUCUCUCCACGAGCUCUGUCUUGGUUCCCCCACCGGGGAUGAACAGCAGAUUUCCUUCUGAGAAGAUAGCCAUGCCUGGGGGUGAAGAACAGGCCCCCGGACCCCUGGGUACCACUGUGAGAGCCGCCCUCAGCUGCAGGGAGUCGGCAGCGGCCACUGACGCUCUGGCCGCGCGGCCGCCUAUCGCCAUGUUUACUGGAAGCAUGCUGACCCUCAGCUCUUACGAGGGGCCUCCCAAGUUAAGUGCUGAAAGCUCGGACAAACAUCCAGGGCCCCGAAACAGGGCAGACAAUUCUGGGAAACCUCAGCCACCCGCGGGGGGCUUCGCACCAGCAGCCAUAAACAGAUCGAUCCCGUGUAAAGUCAUCGUGGACCACAGCACCACGCUGACCUCCACUCUGUCUCUGACUGUCUCCAUCGAAAGUGCGGAAGCCAGUUUGGACCUCCAGAGCCGGUCCGUGAGGACAGAAGCCUCCGUCCAGCCCGUGGCGUGCCCCCAGGUGUCCGUCAUCAGCCGGCCAGAGCCGCCGGUGGCCAGCGAAGGCGUGGACCAGGGCUCGAGUUUCAUCAGUGCCGUGGCAGCAAAGCAGGAGUGUACCCCGAUGCAGGCAGCCUGCCCAAGUCUCCGAGAGGGACCCCUCGUGGGUCCGGACAAACGGAACGAGGUGCCUGCUCCUAGCCACAGCUUCGCCGAGCAGGCACGGGGCCCACCCGCUUUCAAAAGCGAAGCCGACGCAACCUGUAGCAAUCCGUAUAACCCAGGCAGCCGGAUUUGCUGGAACGAGGAGGGGAUGCGGGGCGCAGGACAGCCCCUGGUGAGUCACCCCGCUUCAAGCAAGCAGAAAGAGUAUCUGGAGCAGAGCUGUCCGAAGGCCAUCAAAACCGAACACGCCAGCUACUCCCACAUGGCAGAGCUCCACCCCAGGAAUCUCAUAACCAGUGUCGCUCUCCCCGUGAAGUCCGAACCUCAUGAAGUGGACAAGGGCUUUAGGAUGGACACUGAAGACUUCCCCGGCCCCGAGCUGCCUCCUCCGGCCGCGGAGGUCACACCCGGGGGGCAGCAGACGCAGAACGUGAAGGCUCCCACCUCCGGUCCCAUGGAAGAGGCGAUUUCCUUGGCCGCAGACCCCCUGAAAAGGGUUCCCAGUGCGGGCAGCUCCGGCUGCCGACUGUCCUCUGUGGAGGCCAACAACCCGCUGGUGACCCAGUUACUCCAGGGCAACCUGCCUUUGGAAAAAGUGUUGCCUCAGCCCCGACUGGGAGCCAAGCUCGAAAUCAACAGGCUUCCUCUGCCUCUUCAAACUACCUCAGCGGGGAAGACAGCCCCAGAGCGGAACAUCGUUGAAAUGCCGUCCAGCUCUCCAAACCCCGACGGGAAGGGCUACCUGGCGGGGACCCUCGCGCCACUACAAAUGAGGAAGCGAGAAAACCACCCCAAAAAGAGAGUCGCCAGGACUGUGGGGGAGCACACGCAAGUGAAGUGCGAGCCAGGGAAAUUGCUGGUGGAGCCAGAUGGGAAAGGGGUGCCUUGUGUCAUCAACUCGGGCCUGACUCCGCUAGGAGGGCACAGCCAGCCCUUCAAGCAGGAGUGGCUGAGCAAGCACCCCAUGCAGAACAGAAUCGUGCCCAGCCCCGAGGUCAAACAGCAGAAGCGGCUGCUCCCCUCCUGUAGCUUCCAGCAGAACCUCUUUCAUGUCGACAAGAAUGGCAGCUUCCACCCUGACGCUGGUACCUCACACAGACAGCAGUUUUACCAAAUGCCGAUGGCUGCCCGGGCCCCCAUGCCGAGCGCAGCCCUGCUACCGGCCUCCGCCAAGACCCCAGUGGGCUGUAAUGCGUUUGCCUUCAACAGGCAUCUCGAACAGAAGGGACUGGGAGAGGUUGGCCUUUCUCCCGCACCCCACCAGCUAAGGUUAGCCAACAUGUUGUCCCCCAACAUGCCCCUUAAAGAAGGUGAUGACGUGGGAGGGGCUGCACACGCAAUGCCAAACAAAGCCCUCGUGCACGCCCCACCCCCGCCCCCUCCCCCCCCACCCCCUCCGCCCUUGGCCCUGCCCCCGCCUCCCCCGCCGCCACCACCUCCUCCUCUACCUCCACCUCUUCCUAAUACAGAAGUCCCAUCCGAUCAAAAGCAGCCACCGGUUACCAUGGAAACCACUAAGAGACUUAGUUGGCCACAGUCCACGGGCAUAUGUAGCAAUAUAAAAUCGGAACCUCUUUCUUUUGAGGAAGGUUUAAGCAGCAGCUGUGAACUGGGCAUGAAACAAGUUUCCUAUGACCAGAAUGAAAUGAAAGAACAGUUAAAAGCAUUUGCGCUAAAAAAUGCAGAUUUCUCUUCCUAUUUGCUUUCUGAGCCACAAAAGCCUUUUACCCAAUUAGCUGCUCAGAAAAUGCAGGUGCAGCCACAGCAGCAGCUCUGUGGAAAUUAUCCAACAAUACACUUUGGGAGCACGAGCUUCAAAAGGGCAGCAUCUGCAAUUGAAAAGUCCAUUGGGAUUUUGGGAAGUGGCUCCAGUCCCGCCACGGGCCUGCCUGGUCAGAACGCUCAGAUGCCUGCUCAGAACUUUGCCGACAGCAGCAACGCGGACGAAUUGGAACUGAAAUGCUCUUGCCGGCUGAAAGCCAUGAUUGUGUGCAAAGGCUGUGGGGCCUUCUGCCAUGAUGACUGCAUAGGUCCCUCCAAACUCUGUGUAGCUUGCCUGGUGGUACGGUAAGAGCUGAGGAAAGAUGCAGUAUCCCUUUUCAACACGGAAAAGCCAAACGGCGUCAGCAGCGACAAAUUGAGUAACUCAGUGGUUUAUAUCGUGAUAAUUUAUUUUACUCUGGGACAGAUUAUCUUUUCUCUCUGGGAUUCUUUACUUGCGUUUCCCAGAAAGGGGAGAUCGCACCCCAACCGAGUGGCCCAGCGGCAUGUCUUUUGCAUAUUAAAUUACCAUCCCCAGCUUUGGAAAAUUUCUCUCCAAGUGUACACAGGUCACUACCCCAUUCGUUCUGUUUCGUUUUGUUUCUUUUAUCCAGUUGUAGAUAGGAAAAGGACAUUUUUAAUUACUUAUUGCUAACCAGAAACACAGAUGUAGAAAGAAUGGUAAAAGUGAUUUAAGGUGGUUGGUUAUUCGUUCUUCUGUAGAUUAACCAUGACAACAAGAGUUUUCACAGUUGACUCUUCUGGACCUACCCUUACCACAGUGAUUAAAUCAUAUUUGGAAAGGGGAAUCUGAUUUAAAUGUAUGAUUCCUUGUAUUUGCUCAUAUCACAAAAGAUCCAUUAAAGGAGGUAUGCCAUUAAUGAACUCCACUGUCCUUAUUCUCUUCCCUCCCUUUUUACUCUUUCCAGAGACUGGCAGAAUAUCCGAUCUGCCUUGGACAUUGUGCACACAUUGUAGUGAAAUGUGUCUUAUACCUGAAAUUGCAGUGUGGGCCUCAAGGCCAGUAAUCUGGUUCGAGCCCUUCGACACCUGAUACUGUAAGGUCAGUCGACCAAGAGAAGGCCAGAGGCCCACAGGCCCACGGGAUUUCAGAACAUCAUGUGUAGCUUUUAAGAGCAAGUAUGAAAAAAAAAUGCCCUUAAAAUUUAAAAAGUCAGCAAGUAAAAUGCUGUGUAUGCAAACACAUAGAAGUGGGUUGAUAAUGUAAAUAUUGGUCCAUUCUGUUUACUCUAAUACAACUACUAGAUAUUAAAAUGGGGGGGGGGGGAUAAUUGCACCCUUUGUUGAUGAUUCCAGUCCAUUCUGGCUUCUGACUCUGCAGAGGUUGGCCCCCUCCCUUUUAAAGCAUUGUUGAUGAUAAGAGGAACUGCAGAAGGCUGAUGUGUGGAUCUACUUCUGAGCAGUUUUCCCCUCAUGAUUCGCAAUCAAUAUCGUUAAUUAUAUUUGACUCCGAAAUAACCCUUAUUUUAAAAAAUCAUUCUAAGUAUUGCAUGUUUUGUCCCCCUCCCCUCCCUCAGGUGAAUUCAGUACAUUCUUCCUCAUAUUUGGGGGAGUAGAACUGCUUUUGAAAAUGGGAUACUGCAUCUUACAGAUAACGUCGGUGUUUAUCCAGUAGAGGCUGUGUUGAGGAUUUGAGCUACAUUCCACAUACUUUGGCCACCCCCAUGCCGGAGAACAGCUGUAGUUCAGCAGGCCCUGUUCCCUAAAGCAAGUUCAAAAAGCACGUGCACACAGUGGGAAGAUGAAAGACAGCAGAAACCACGCCCAUUUAACUUCAGAUUACAGAGCACAAAAGGUGGAGUGCCAUUAACCCAUUGAUUGAUUGUGGCUGUAGAAUUUUUUAAAAAAAGCAAAACUUGGGAUGGGGGAUGGAAAUCCUCUGUAUCCAGGGUAAGAAUGACAGACAUUCUCACAUCAACAUAAACUUUAGACAUUCCCUUAAAACAUGUCUUAAAAAUUAACUGGAGUGAGCAGAGAUUACAUUCCUGGAGAAAAAAAAAGAAAACUUGUGAUUUUUUUGUACUAAUCAAUCACGGUAUAUGUUUUUUUUCCCCUCCAUAUUUAUUAUUGUGAUGUUGCCAAAUUUUAUUAGGUGAUACAGAUGUCUCUUUUCUUAAUACGUUGCUAAUAGGUAAAGAUACUUAGGAAGAAAAGCAGAGAAGGGUCUGUCUCUGUGGCUGAGAUUUGGUGCCUCGGUGAGGUCACUUCGGUUUUUCACGGUGAAAUUAACACAGUUUAGUGACGGAGAAAGAGAGCAGCGCACUUCACCGGCCCCUCCCCAGGAAUGCAGCAGAGGUCCCUGCUCGCUCUGCACCAGGUUGUGUUGGGGCAGCAGCUUCCUCUCUGUGGUCUGCUUGGCUGCAAUACCAUCUUGGUUCAGAAGAGCAUGCUCUAGUCUCACAGAGGGAACCCCUACAUGUAGACACUUGCAUACCAGCCCCCUCCAAAUCCACCUGCUGCCCGAUCAGUGUCAGGCACUGUCCACACCAGCAGAUUCAAAAUCACUACCGCAGUAACUGACACGGGAUGUUGAAGAAACGCUGGUCUACCAGACUCUGUACUUUGUUGAUGAGGUACAGUUGAAGCUGAAGCGAUACUGAGCUCAUUAUCAGUUCCAUCGUUAUGGAAUACUGCCUGCAAAGUACUUAAACUUUGGGAAUAAUAAAAAAGUGUCCUUCCGUAUGUUUUGAUUUUUCACAAAAUAGGUGAUUUUUCACAUAAUUUUGGAGAACCGAUUGUUGAUCGUGCAUGGAUUCCGUCACCCAGGUCCAAAGAGGAUAAUUUUUCUGUGCCCUUUCUCUUUUUUGCCCCAAUUCAAAUUCCUGGUGUUUGCAUAUGGUUUAUACUAGUGAAAAAUUAAUAUCUUUGGGCUAAAAAAAUAAUGGAAAGAAAA